AUGGUGGAAACUACAUCAUUUGUAUUAGGAGAUCACCAACAUAAUGAUAAUUAUCUAGCUUCUGAUGAAGAAAUACCCACAAUUGAUUACUCUCUAUUAUUAUCUCAUGACCCUUAUCAAAGAUCUAUUGCUCUUGAACUCCUUGCUCAUGCAUGCAAGGAAUAUGGCUUCUUCUAUCUGAAAAAUCAUACCAUGCCAGAUAAUGUACUCAAAAAUGUUUUGAAAGGAAUUUCUAAUUAUUUUGAUCCAACAACUGUUGAUGAGAGAAGGAUCUACUAUGAAAAUGGUCCAUCUGAUAAUGUUCGAUGGGCACUAAAAGCUAAUGAUGGAGAAAAUAGAGAAUAUCUUAAAGUUGUUGCACAUCCUAAGGAUCUAGCUCCUUCUAAUCCAACAAGUCUCAGCAAAAUUAUAGAAGAAUACAACAAUGAAAUGAGAAAGAUUGUAGUUGGAUUAGCAAGGGCCAUGUCAAAAAACUUAGGGUUUGAUGAAAACUACAUAGAGAAGGCCUUCCACAUGAAGUUAGGGUUUGAUGUAAUGGCCAUGAAUCUUUACCCACCUAUUUCUAAGUCCAAGAGUGAUAUUGGUCUCCCUAACCACACUGAUCCUGGUUUUGUGAUCACCCUAAUGCAAGAUGUAAAUGGGGGACUCCAAAUUCUAUCACAUAAAGGGAAAUGGAUUAAUGUUUAUAUUCCUCAUCAUGCUAUACUCAUUCAACUUGGUGAUCAUCUUGAGAUCUUAACUAAUGGGAAAUAUAAAAGUCAUGUCCAUCGAGUUAUUGUUAACAAUAACGAAGUGCAAAGGCUCUCUAUUGUUACCCUUCAUGGACCUUCGUUGGACAAAUUCAUUGUCCCAGAUACAAAAUUUGUUGAUGAUGAAAAUCCACAAAAUUACACUGGAAUGACUUAUAAAGAAUGCUUGGAAGCAAAUGGGGGAAAUCAGAUUGAUGUACAAUCAUCACUUGAUCUAAUUAAGCUAGUGCGAAUGAGGGUAUAG